AUGGUGGAUGACGUGGACCAGCAACAAACUACCAACACCGUAGAAGAGCCCCUGGAUCUCAUCAGAUUCAGCCUGGAUGAGCAAAUUCAUGUGAAAAUGAGAAAUGACAAAGAGCUUCGAGGCAGAUUACAUGCUUAUGAUCAGCAUUUAAAUAUGAUUUUGGGGGAUGUAGAAGAAACCAAGACUACUAUAGAAAUUGAUGAAGAAACAUAUGAAGAGAUAUAUAAAUCAACAAAAUGGAAUAUUCGGAUGUUUUUUGUCAAGGGAAAUGGUCUUGUACUAGUUGCCCCUCCAUUAAGAGUUGGCUGA